CACGAAAACCCGUCUCACUAUCCAAUUACUACAUGGGGGUUCCAGUACUUCAAACACGCGCCGCCAUGAUACUCCAGGAAGCACAUCGGACCGACAAGUUCAUCUGCCUUUGAAUGAGCCAAAGAAGAAGAGUAAAAUGACAUGCAAUAGGACACAAGAUUUAUACGACAUUUGCCGGAUCAAUGAUCCAACAAUAUUUGUGUCAUCCGAGUCAACCUUCUUAGUCAAUGACCCCAACAGCCUAAAUUACCAGAUUGAAAAGGUCAGACCCUAUGCAAGAAAACCAGAAAGAUACACAAUGUACAAUAUCAGGGAAGUGACUCUCAAAUUAGGGCCAUUGAACACAUCAACUUGUGCCGUUCACCACACUGCCCCAGCUCUUGUAUUCAGUGCAGGAGGAGGGUACACUGGAAACUUUUUCCAUGACUUCAAUGAUGUGUUCAUCCCUCUUUUCAUCACCGCUAAUUCUGUGUUCUCUAAUCAAGAUUUUGUUUUGGUAGUCUCCCAGUUGAAAGAUUGGUGGGUGGAGAAGUAUAAGGGCUUACUUCAUAGUUUUAGCAAGCACCAAAUCAUAGAUUCAGACAAAGACAACAGCUCACAUUGUUUUCCUGGUGCCUCAAUAGGUCUCAUCAAACAUGGUUUCAUGACAAUUAAUCCAAAACUAAUCCAAACUUCAAAAACCUUAGUUGACUUCCACACAUUUUUAGCCACAACAUACAACAAACAAAUCUUAGUUCCUCGCAUUGUCAAUAAGCCGCGCCUCGUGCUCAUGAGUCGCAAUAAGACUGUCGGUCGUGCAAUGUUGAACGAGCCUGAAGUAGAAAGGAUAGCAGAGAACGUAGGAUUUCAGGUAAUAUUAUUUGAACCGACGAGAAAAACAUCCUUAAAAGAAGCAUUCGCAUUAGUAAGCUCAAGCCACGCAAUGCUCGGGGUCCAUGGUGCUGGACUAACGCAUGCAAUGUUUUUACGCCCUGGUUCAGUGUUCGUUCAAAUCAUUCCAAUCGGAGCCGAGGAUGUAUCAGAAUACUGUUAUGGAAUUCCUGCAAGAGUCUUGGGGCUAGAUUACAUGGAAUAUAAGAUUAAGACAUACGAGAGCAGCUUAGUAGAAAAGUAUGGAAACGAUAGCAAGAUUUUGAAUGAUCCAUUGGCUCUUCAAAGAGGAGGUUGGCCCCCUCAUAUUAUGGAUAUCUAUCUAAAACACCAAGAUGUAAGAUUAGAUCCUAAACGGCUACGAAGAUGUCUGAAGACGGCUUAUCACAAGGCGAAAGUGUUUAUGGACAAAAAUGGCUGAUAAGUUGUUUUGUGAUUUGUGAGAAGCAAAUAAGAUGAUGGGAAGAGGAAAGAAUGUUAGAGUUGUUUUAUACAUGAGAAAGGCAAUGAAUUUCAGAGAAAGAAGAUAUAUUUGAAUAAAAAAAACACAUUUAUUCAGAGAAAGAAGUGAUAUUUGAAUAAAUAAAACAAAGAUAGUUUUAAUAGCGCAAAACUGCAAAAGUAUCCCCAUUAAGGAGAAUAUAAAUAUAAAGGAAAG